AUGUUAAUCAAAGAAGUUGGCGACUUCCGCAAAGUCUUUAUUGACUCUAUGAAUAUCCAAAGUAGUGGAAAUUUUCAUUGUGAGCUUUUCACGGUCAUGGCACUCAAGUUACGGUUGUUAGUUAACAAGUUAGGGAAUAACAAAGUGUCUUUUUGUUACCCUGAGUACUAUGCGUUCUUGAUAGACGUUAUACAAUGUAUUAUUGUGGUGCAGACAUUUUAUUUUGUUGAACGAAGUGUCACCAUAUCAAAUGGAGUCCGUGUAGAUCCCAAACAGUAUCAAAGUAAAGACAAUGACUUCAUGUGA